UUUUUGUUUUUGUUUUAUUUUUUUUACAACAAAAAUGGCGUUCUUUGCGUUGUGAAGCAGAGAAGCUACAAACAAAUAUAUUUUAUGUUUUGAGCAACUAAAAAAACGUCAGGAUGAAGGUGGUCAAUCUCAAGCAAGCCAUACUACAGGCAUGGAAGGAGCGUUGGAGUGACUACCAGUGGGCUAUCAACAUCAAGAAAAACUUCCCAAAGGGAGCAACAUGGGACUAUCUUAACCUCGCAGAGGCCCUGAUGGAGCAGGCGAUGAUCGGCCCCUCUCCUAACCCCCUUAUUUUGUCCUACCUCAAAUAUGCUAUAAGCUCACAGAUGGUGUCUUAUUCAAGUGUGCUUACAGCCAUCAGCAAGUUUGAUGAUUUUUCCCGGGAGCUGUGUAUCAAAUCGCUGUUGGAGAUAAUGGACAUGUUUUGCCAUCGUCUUAGCUGUCAUGGGAAAGCAGAGGAAUGCAUCGGGCUGUGCCGGGCUCUGCUGGGAGUGGUAGUGUGGCUGCUGCAGGGCUGUGCCUGGUACUGUGAGAAGCUGAGAGAACUGGGUCCAUCAGCCAGCACAGAAGGCAUUCUGAGAGCGUGCCAGGAGAGGCUUAACACUCUGAUGACCAGCACCAAGAACAGAGCCCUGGUUCACAUAGCACGGCUAGAGGAUCAAGGUUCCUGGAGCACUGUAGAACAAUCAAUGCUGAAAGUGACCGAUGGCUUCAGUGCUGUGCAAAACCAGACGCUGAGAACCAAACUAGAGGAGAGCUUGUCACUUGUAAAAGGUAUUCCCCUGAUGCUGUCGGUACAGUGUGACCCUCAGAUGCAUGCCUCUUUCCCAUCAGUCCACGCCUUCAUCAUGCUGGAAGGGACCAUGAAUCUGACUGGGGAGACACAGCCACUGGUGGAGCAACUGAUGAUGAUCAAGAGAAUGCAGAGAAUCCCUGCUCCUCUUUUUGUCCUGGAGAUCUGGAAGGCCUGCUUCACUGGCCUCAUCGAGUCACCAGAGGGCACAGAGGAGCUCAAAUGGACUGCCUUCACAUUCCUUAAAAUCCCUCAAGUUCUGCUCCGACUAAAGAAGUAUCCUCAGAGCGACAAAGGACAGGACUUUAUGGACGAUGUGAAUAUCGCAUUUCAGUACCUACUCAAGCUCACACCACUAUUGGACAAAGCGGAUCAGAGAUGCAAUUGCGACUGCCUCGGCAUGCUCCUACAAGAGUGUAACAAGCUUGGUCUGCUAUCCGAUUCAAAUACGACCUGCCUCACUUCUAAACGGACCGAGGACAGGGAGUUCGCCCCAAGGCUAAAGACAGCUGAAAAUGCUAACAUCCAGCCUAACCCAGGUCUAAUCCUGAGGGCGGAGCCCACCGUCACCAAUAUUCUCAAGACAGUAGAUGCAGACCACUCCAAGUCCCCAGAGGGUCUUUUGGGAGUCCUGGGACACAUGUUGUCCGGAAAGAGCCUCGAUCUGCUCUUAGCAGCUGCAGCAGCCACUGGGAAACUCAAGUCCUUUGCCAGGAAGUUCAUUAAACUUAAUGAGUUUCCCAAGCAUAUCAGUGGCGAAGGAUCCAAGUCUGCGUCAGUACGGGCUCUGCUCUUCGACAUCUCCUUUCUCAUGCUCUGCCAUGUGGUGCAGACGUACGGUUCUGAGGUCAUCCUGUCAGACCCCAGCCCUUCAGGGGAGACGCCUUUCUUUGAAACAUGGCUGCAGACAUGCAUGCCUGAGGAGGGCAAGACUCUGAACCCAGACCACCCCUGUUUCAGACCAGAGCCUGGCAAAGUGGAAAGCCUGGUCACCCUGCUGAACAACUCCUCAGAGAUGAAAUUAGUUCAGGUGAAAUGGCAUGAGAUCUGCCUCAGCACUCCAGCAGCUAUUUUGGAAGUUUUGAAUGCGUGGGAGAAUGGUGUUCUCUCCGUGGAGGCAGUACAGAAGAUCACUGACAACAUCAAGGGGAAAGUGUGCAGUAUGGCAAUAUGUGCGGUGGCCUGGCUGGUGGCCCAUGUCAGGAUGCUAGGGAGAGACGAGAGGGAGAAGCCUCAGACUAUGAUCCGACAGCUUGUGACCCCGCUGUAUGGGGAGAACACACUGCAGUUUUACAAUGAACGCGUGAUCAUUAUGAGUUCCAUCAUGGAGCACAUGUGUGCUGACGUCUUCCAACAAACUGCAGCGACCCUGCGACCCCCGGUGGAGGGCCAGGAGCCGAUCCCCUACCGUAACCUGCUGCCGGCAAAAGACCCCAUCCACACGGCCCUCAGCAAGCAGUUCCAGGUGGUGUUGCGGAAAGGCUGGGUGGACAGCCGGGCACUGCAUCUGUUUGAGAGUCUCCUCAACAUGGGCGGGGUGUUCUGGUUCACUAACAAUUUGGUCAAGGAGCUACUAAAGGAGACUCGACAGGAGUGGGCUGAUCGAGUGGUGGAGUUACUCUACAGCAUCUUCUGCCUGGACACUCAGCAGAUCACCCUCACCUUGCUGGGUACCAUCCUGCCCAACCUUCUCACAGACUCUGCUCACUGGCAGAGCCUGGCCGACCCACCUGGAAAAGCACUUGCCAAGUUGUGUGUGUGGUGUGCACUCAGCUCUUACUCCUCUCAUCACAAAGGAUCGUUCUCGGCUCGGCAGCGCAAAAGGCAGCGAGAAGAUAUCGAGGACUACAACAGCCUCUUUCCACUGGAUGACACCCAGCCCUCUAAACUCAUGCGUCUGCUUAGCUCCAAUGAAGAUGAGCCUGUAGCUCUCUCCAGUCCAGGAGACCGAUCUAUGAGCAGUUCCCUGUCCGCCUCCCAGCUCCACACUGUCAACAUGAGGGACCCUCUCAACCGAGUCCUGGCCAACCUUUUCCUCCUAAUUUCAUCCAUCGUGGGCUCCAGGAUGGCAGGACCUCACACCCAGUUUGUGCAGAGUUUUAUGGAGGAGUGUGUUGAGUGCCUGGAGCAGGGAAGCCGUGGAAGCAUCCUGCAGUUUAUGCCUUUUACCAUGGUUUCAGAGCUGGUGAAACUGCCGGCUCUGGCCAAACCUAGAGCUGUCCUGGCCAUGACUGACCUGACACUGCCACUGGGGAGGAGAGUAGCUGCCAAAGCCAUCUCUGCUCUGUAAACUGUGCGGUUAUAUUUUACCAUUGGCCUAGUGGGUGAAGUACAGCCAGUGGUUAAAAAAAGCCCAAGUUAAUCCUUCAUCAUGUGCUGAGAGCAGCUCUGAACCUGGCUGGAUCAUCGCUUUAAAAGGAUUGUCUUUGUUGGAACAACACGUUUAUAACCAUGUCUCUGUAAACACUGUUUUGCUAUUGUUUUUUAUGUUUUUCACACAAAUAAAUGUGUAAAUAAGUUUUAAAAUAAAAUU